AUGAGCAAGAGUUCCAAGUUCGUUCGAGGCUUUGAAUCCGUCUGCUUACACGGUGGAUAUUUGCCUGAGGCAACGACCACCAGUCGAGGAGUUCCCAUCUAUCGCACUGCUCCAUAUGUCUUUCCAUCCACAGAACGAGCGGCCAAGCUCUUUGCAUUGGAAGAGCUGGGAAACAUCUACACUCGUCUGAUGAAUCCAACGACUGACAUUCUCGAAAAGAGAUUCGCUCUCAUGGAAGGAGCUCACGAGCUCGGUGCCCUUGCGGUCGCUUCGGGAACGGCUGCUUGUUUCAAUUCCAUCAUCAAUCUUGCCGAACAAGGAGACAACUUUGUCAGCGCUCGUAACUUGUACGGUGGAACUUUUACUCAAUUCAAUGACAUUCUUCCCAAAUUUGGAAUUACUGCCAAGUUCACUGACAUUACCGAUCCCCAAGCUGUGGCCGAUAGCAUUGACGAUAAGACACGUGCUAUCUUUUGUGAAAGUGUCAGCAAUCCUGCCAUGGAAAUCAGUCCUUUGGAAGAGUUGGCGGCCAUUGCCAAGGAUGCCGGUAUCCCAUUGAUUGUGGAUGAUACUUUCACCACUCCUUACUUGUGCAAGCCACUUGACUGGGGUGCUUCAGUUGUUGUCUCUUCGCUAACUAAAUGGACUGGUGGCCAUGGUAUCGGAAUCGGUGGCAUCGUCGUCGACUCAGGCACUUUCGAUUGGAGUCAGGGAAAACAUCCCUUGUUCACCGAACACGACUCUAGUUACGGCGGAUUGCGAUGGGGAGUCGAUUUGCCAGAGACGCUGUUACCAUUGGCAUAUAUUUUGAGAAUGCGCACUGUUCCUCUUCGCAACUUGGGUGCCUGCAUUAGUCCUGACAACAGUUGGAUGUUCCUUCAAGGGAUUGAAACACUGCCAUUGCGCAUGGAGCGUCACUGCGAAAACACUCAAAAAGUCGCGGAAUUCUUGGAAAAUCAUCCCAAGGUGGAAUGGGUCCGCUAUCCGGGUCUCAAGGGAGAUUCUGAAUAUGAAAAGAACCAAAAGUACUUGCAAGGCAAGGGAGGCUCCCUCGUGGUCUUUGAACUCAAGGGUGGUGCCCAAGCUGGUCAAGCCUUUAUCGAUUCCUUGGAGCUCUUGAGUCAUGUGGCCAACGUGGGCGAUGCCAAGUCCUUGGCGAUUCAUCCAGCUACCACCACCCACUCCCAAAUGAGUCCACAAGAACAGGCAAAUGGUGGCAUUACUCCUGGAAUGGUUCGACUUUCCAUUGGACUCGAAACCAUUGACGAUAUUCUCGCGGAUAUUGACAAUGCCCUUACCCAAGCUUGA